GAAUAGCUGAUCCCGAGAGGACAGGCGUGAGAAGGAGGGGCUGGAGAAACUGGGAGGUGUGACUAGAACUACCGAGGCGUGGUCUCAAAGUAAGCUCCUCCCGGGGUUGCCGAACCCCAAAGCAGAAUUGAUGGGCAGGAUUAAGACAGGACCAACAACCUAACACAAACUCCUAAGAGAAGUCACGACCAAUUGGACCUGGGUAGAGAGGAGAGGCGUUGCGGAGAAUUUUAGCCAAUAGAGAGUGGAGACCGGCGGGGACUGUAGAACGUCUUUCAAUAAGAAGCGCGAAGGGCGUGCCUUUCUGCUUUCACUGGGGCGGGAGUAGGAUUCGCCCAAACCUCCUGGAGCCGGCCAAUGAGAUUGGAGGUGGGGGCAAAGUAUGGCCAACCAGAAAGCCGAACUGAUCUAGGCACCGUUACUUGGGCGGGGCGUACGGUCACCUAGCCACUAGGAUCUCGUCAGGGGCAGGUUCCCGAGCCUUCCAAUGCGGAACGUGGGCGAACUCUAGUUCUCCCAAUCAGUGCGCCGCGCUGGCAAUUCAAACUGACAGCCGGUUGGAGAAGCAGAGAGCGGAAGAGGGAGCAAAAAACGACUUGUGCGGUGACAGAGACCCCCACGCCAACUGAGCCCCCAAAGCGACUUCUGCCCCACUCCACCAACACCACCGCGCGCUCUGGAGCGGCCGCGAGGGAGAGACUCGAGGGAACCGCGGAGGGCACUGGGGAGAGCUGAGGGGAGGGAGACGCAAGAGGAACGGCGCGAGAGCCCGCAUGCUGAGUGAAGCGAGGGGCCGGCGAGCGAGCAGAGAGGAGGAGGCUCGCGGGAGGGCUGAGGAGCGGUUGGGAUCGUCCCGGUGGGAAAAGCUGAGGAAAUUUCUGAAUCCUGGGGAGAGGAGAAAGAUUUCCAACGAGGAGGCGUGAGUAGGGCAGCUUAGCCUGAGAUCCAAGAGAGAGAAAUUGGAGCGCUCCGAGGGAGGGGCUUAAAAGGAAAGCCUUUAGAUAAUGCGCCUGUACCGGAGAAGCCCAGGGAAUUGCGAACGGGGCGGGAGCUAAAGAGUAGAGGAUCCUUCUAGACGGGAGAAAGGGAAAACUGUAGAGAAGUUCCCGAGGCACCUUGCGGCUUGCCUCUUCCCCACUUCAAACUCCACUCCCUUCCCCGAAAGUUAAAGGGAAAGCCAAGUUUGCUGCUUCUCCCCUCUUCCCCCCUCAAUAAAUAUUACUUUUACUCUCGCAGGGGAAAACAGAAAAGAGCUCCUUUCCUUCGCAAUUUUAGGGCUUAGAGAAGUUCGAGGCCUCGCAAUUUAAUUUUUUGGCCCGGGGAAUCAAACUAGGAAGGGUAUUGCUCUUGUUUUCCAUUUUCAAAAUCCCACACCUCAUCCUUGCCGGGACGCCAUGUCUACCAGCAGCUGUAGUUUCAAGGACCGGCGCGUGUCCAUCCUGUGUUGCAAAUUCUGUAAACAAGUGCUCAGCUCUAGGGGAAUGAAGGCUGUUUUGCUGGCUGACACUGAAAUAGACCUUUUCUCCACAGACAUCCCUCCUACCAAUGCAGUGGACUUCAUUGGAAGAUGCUAUUUCACAGAAAUCUGCAAAUGUAAACUAAAGGAUAUCGCAUGUUUAAAAUGUGGGAACAUUGUAGGUUAUCACGUGAUUGUUCCAUGUUGUUCCUGCCUCCUUUCCUGCAACAACGGACACUUCUGGAUGUUUCACAGCCACGCCGUUUAUGGUAUUAACAGACUAGACUCUACCGGUGUAAACUUCCUACUUUGGGGCAACUUGCCAGAAAUAGAAGAGAGUACAGAUGAAGACACGUUAGAGACCUCAGCCGAGGAGUGUAUUAGAUGAACAGAAUUAUGAUAUAUACAUAUGAAAUGUUUAAACUUUUUCCUAUUUAAAUUAUAUAUUCAUGGAUCAAUUUUUAAAUUGUUAGUAAGGAUUUGCCAGUGAUUUCUUUUUAUGGAAAACAAAAAUGGGGCAUUUGUUGAUUUAUUUAUUUGCUGUCUCAAAUUAAUUAGCUGAGUUUAAUUUGAACCAAUGUAGUUCUUUUCUUCUACUUCUACCCUCCUUUCCUCUUCCCUCUGCCUGGCAUAGGUAUAUUCUUAAAUUCAGAUAGUAGAAGAUAGUAGAUUCUUUUACAUGUGACUCAGCUAUCUCCCAAUUAGAGAGAUUUUUUUCUUACAACUAUAUGCCAGAUGCCAUUAAUCUUACAGUCCUGAAUAAGAGGCAGUUGGUACCCACACAUAUAUCCAUGCAUAUAUAUGUGUGAAGGUCAGCUGAGAAUUAAAGCUUAAUAGGGAAUUUUUUAAAAAACAGACUGUUAGGUUUCCAUAGGUAAUGGUUAUCAUAUGUUAUAUUGGUGAUAACUAUGUUAAUAUAGAGCAAGACUUUGUAAAUCAGCAAACAGAAUAAAUUAAAAUUUUAAAAUGUAUGGAGAAAUCCUCUUGAGUCCUUAGCAUAAUGUUAGAUAAAUGAAUUUGUCAGAAAAUUAUCAACGUAUACUGUUUACCAAUAUUAUUUAUUUACAUUCUCCUAAAGUCAUAUGGAUAUUGUGUUAUGAAAGCCAGAUAAACUAAGCCUCCAUCUCUAAGUUAUCCCAUUCUCUGGGGCUUUCUCUGUAAAUAGCAAAUUUUGGAUGAGUAGUCUCAGUCCCAACCCUUAAAUAGAAAAAAAUUAAAGAAGUGGUUUGCUUAAGCCAUUGUACAUUACAAAGAGGGUUUGUUUUGUUUUGUUUGUUUUGUUUUGUUUUGUUUUGGCUGCAUUGAGAGCCACACAGGAAUAGGAAACCGGGAUAAUGUUGAGUUCUUGUUGAGUGUAUAGCUAAAAUCAAUGUAUUGCCUUAACUAAUAUCUCAGUUGUAGGCAUUUAGUCAAUAGUGAUACCAACACAGACCAAGUUGCGGUUUUGUAAAUAAAGUUUUGUUCUGAAUACA